GAUUCUCUGAGAGGAAAAAUCAAAAUUUAGAAAGUACUUUCGGACUGGGAGUAGAGUGAUUUCAUUCUACUUUCUAGAGAUUUAGGAAAACGUAGUGCUAUAUCUUUCUGAUUGUUUGUGUGCACAAGUGUCUUUUUUUUUCUACAGAUGUUUUGAAUUUGCCAGGUGCUAUUAUUUAGUAAUGAUAAAUAUUCCUACAGGUACAUUGAAUUACCGCUUUACACCACGGACAGUUGAUGACAUAAACAUGUCAAGGUUAGUUGAGACAUGCCUGUCGCCUGGGGUGUAUCAGCUAGUUUGUGAAGUAGGCGUAGCUAAGACCCAGGCUGAAGAUGACCCCAGAGCAUACCUGACCAACAAACUACUGCUUAAUUGGGACACUGUACAGAUGCUCAUUCAAGAAGGAGAUGUGAAUGGAGAGCCCACAGACUUUAGCGGAUGUGUUAAAAGCUUAGCACCCUUGUUCUCAGCGGUAGAGAGGUAUAUGAGUGGGUUGUCAUGUGAACAGUUUGCCAGUCAAUACCGGCAUCUUCUGACAUGGACAGGUAAUCCUCAGAUUUGCCUGCGUUGUUUUGAAUAUUUAAAGACAGGUGUUCGAUCUUCAGGCUUAUUGAGUCUGCUGCUGAGUACGGCUGUACUGGAGAGAGCACUGGGGGAUCUGUAUUUAACCCGAGGGAAACAAUGUCCAUCUCUACUCAAAGACUUGCUCAUGACAUCAGAGCUAGAGGCCUUGUUAGGUGCUAGUGUGAUUAGGUUUUUGCGAGUGUUGAUAGGACCCCCCACAUCUCUGAACCUCCGGAACUUAGUGUGGCAUGGCUUCCCUGCUCCCUCUGAGAUUCCACUACAGUAUAAUUAUAUGCUGUUGAUGGUGGCUGUUACUCUGGGGCACCUGAUCACAACAUCCAUGGAUGCAGAUUCCAUUCCACACAGAUGUCCUGUUAGUUUUCAUCAAGUGGAGAAAAUUACUACAAAAUUCUCAGUAUCACUGUCAAUUCUACCAAAAGUGAAAUGGAAGCAUUUGUGCAGAAAUUCACAGUUCAUUUUGCCACAGUUUUUACCUGUCUGGGAAGAUGCCUUUGACCUCUAUCAAGAAAACAGACGGUAUGGCGAAAGUGUGACCCUGUUGUUUCCUCUGCUGGAAAAUGGGUUACGAUGGAUGUUUGCUGAACUUAAUCAUUGUCCUGAUCGUGUGCUUACAGCUGAGUCAUCAGUGUUAUACACCACAUUUGAUGAAAUACUGGCACGUCUUGUAGCGGGCAAAGAAAACAAGCUAUUAUCUAAACUGGGACCACAUUUAGUUGACUUGCUGCAGGACCUAAUGGUGUACCCAGAGGGUCCGAGGUUCAGAGACAGACUGGGACAUGGAGAAGCCAAUUUCUUGGACAUCACUAAACAGCAGGCUGAUGCCGUGUGGGUAACAGCCCUGGCAUUGCUCUACACAUUUACCUCCCCUUGCCAUGAGCAGCAGGAUGACCAUGCCGAGACUGUGUUGAGUGAACUGCACUCGUAUACAAGCGUAUUCCACCCAGUCUCUCUUCUCACCGACCAGAUAUCAUCAUUAACAGAAAUCUUAUCUACCUGGCUUAGCAACAUACACUACACUCCUGACCUGUCAAAGAUGCUCUCUCAAGGUGACUGGGAUAAUGCAUUGCCAGGGAACGCCCUCUAUACAGAGUUAUUGCCCUUAGUUGAGCAGACUGGCUUACCAUUACUGCAGCAGAUUCAUCACUAUACAGGUCUAGAGUUGGAUGACAAACAUAUGCCUAUUAACAUAAAGUACAUCUGCAGAUUUCUGCUUCCUGAUGGUAAUGCGAUGGCAGCUGUGAUUACAGUGUUGAAGUCUGCUAGAAUCUCAACAUUGAGAAGAACAAUGUCUGUGAUUGGUCAAUCAUCUAUGGCUAUGGUGUGUGAGGCUGGAGAUGAUGAGGUUAGCUGUAGUAUGGAGGAGAUAGGCCUGACGAGGGAGGUACUGUCUGAAUGUGAGCAGGUGUGUGAGGCUGGAGAUGAUGAGGUUAGCUGUAGUAUGGAGGAGAUAGGCCUGACGAGGGAGGUACUGUCUGAAUGUGAGCAGGUGUGUGAGGCUGGAGAUGAUGAGGUUAGCUGUAGUAUGGAGGAGAUAGGCCUGAUGAGGGAGGUACUGUCUGAAUGUGAGCAGGUGUGUGAGGCUGGAGAUGAUGAGGUUAGCUGUAGUAUGGAGGAGAUAGACAUGACGAGGAAGACCCAGUGUGAUUGUGAGCAGGUGUGUGAGGCUGGAGAUCAUGAGGUUAGCUGUAGUAUGGAGGAGAUAGACCUGACGAGGAAGACCCAGUGUGAUUGUGAGCAGGUGUGUGAGGCUGGAGAUGAUGAGGUUAGCUGUAGUAUGGAGGAGAUAGACAUGACGAGAAAGGUACUGUCUGAAUGUGAGCAGGUGUGUGAGGCUGGAGAUGAUGAGGUUAGCUGUAGUAUGGAGGAGAUAGACAUGACGAGGAAGACCCAGUGUGAUUGUGAGCAGGUGUGUGAGGCUGGAGAUGAUGAGGUUAGCUGUAGUAUGGAGGAGAUAGACAUGACGAGAAAGGUGUGUGAGGCGGGAGAUGAUGAGGUUAGCUGUAGUAUGGAGGAAAUAGACAUGACGAGGAAGACCCAGUGUGAUUGUGAGCAGGUGUGUGAGGCGGGAGAUGAUGAGGUUAGCUGUAGUAUGGAGGAGAUAGGCCUGACAAGGAAGACCCAGUCUGAAUGUGAGCAGGUGUGUGAGGCUGGAGAUGAUGAGGUUAGCUGUAGUGUGGAGGAGAUAGGCCUGACGAGGGAGGUACUGUCUGAAUGUGAGCAGGUGUGUGAGGCUGGAGAUGAUGAGGUUAGCUGUAGUAUGGAGGAGAUAGGCCUGACGAGGGAGGUACUGUCUGAAUGUGAGCAGGUGUGUGAGGCUGGAGAUGAUGAGGUUAGCUGUAGUAUGGAGGAGAUAGGCCUGACGAGGAAUGUGUGUGAGGCUGGAGAUGAUGAGGUUAGCUGUAGUAUGGAGGAGAUAGGCCUGAUGGGGAAAGCGCUGUCUGAAUGUGAGCAGGUGUGUGAGGCUGGAGAUGAUGAGGUUAGCUGUAGUAUGGAGGAGAUAGGCCUGAUGGGGAAAGCACUGUCUGAAUGCGAGGAGGUGUGUGAGGCUGGAGAUGAUGAGGUUAGCUGUAGUAUGGAGGAGAUAGGCCUGAUGGGGAAAGCACUGUCUGAUUGUGAGCAGGUGUGUGAGGCUGGAGAUGAUGAGGUUAGCUGUAGUAUGGAGGAGAUAGGCCUGAUGAGGAAGGUGUGUCAGGCUGGAGAGGAUACGGUUAGCUGUAGUAUGGAGGAUAUAGGCCUGACUAGGAAGACCCUGUCUGAUUAUGAGCAGGUGUUUCAGGCUGAAGGUGAAGAGGUUAGCUGUAGUAUGGAGGAGAUAGACCUGACUAGGAAGACCCUGUCUGAUUAUGAGCAGGUGUUUCAGGCUGAAGGUGAAGAGGUUAGCUGUAGUAUGGAGGAGAUAGAGCUGACUAGGAAGACCCUGUCUGAUUAUGAACAGGUGUUUCAGGCUGGAGGUGAAGAGGUUAGCUGUAGUAUGGAGGAGAUAGAGCUGACUAGGAAGACCCUGUCUGAUUAUGAGCAGGCUGGAGGUGAUGAGGUUAGCUGUAGUAUGGAGGAGAUAGGCCUGAUGAGGAAGACACUGUCUGAAUGUCUGCACAUCUCAGAAAAUGUCCUCCAGGCUCUGGAGCUCAGACAGCAACAGUUGGAGGCAAAACAGCUGAGAUCCCGUCAGAGAGAUACCUUGAAACGACUUCUGACCAGUGUGCCAUGUUUGUCAGUGGGGUUGAGGACCGUGAUCGCUGUGACUCUCUCUCAGCUUAUUGUCCCAGCUUCAAGUGGUUACAAAGUCAGCAUCAGGUUUCAGAAGACCAUGUUACAAUAUUGUGAGAAUGUAAGGACUUGUACUGCUGGUCAUAAAAACAAUUGGUUAGAAAGUGUGGAGCUGAUGAAAAAGUUUGUGCGUAGUCUGUUGAAAGAAUGAAGGGACUGGUGAGAAUGUCUUCAAAGGGAAAAAAAAUGUUACAGGGUGAGGCUUGCACUGUACGAGAAUGACAAUUCAAGGAGAGUAUUAGAUGUCUACUGUUCACAGCCCUUGGGUUUAGUGUGGGGAAAGAUGAAUACAGGGCCAGGAAAUUGCUCAGUGGAAUGUCAGAGAUGAGGCUGACGUCACCCCUAAGCUACACACUCUGCCUCAGCCCAUUGGUCUGUGCUGAUAGUGCACGUUUGGAAUACAAAGAGAGGGGUGGGAGAAACAAACAAGGCUGCCCUUUACGUGUUAAGUGAGAAUUACUCUGUAUUGAAAUAAAUGCUUACAGUGAAGAAUUCGUGACAUUGCCUACCAACACAGUCUCUGAUGACCCGGAUCUAGUUGUUUAGCAAAUGUGAAAGAAAAAAAAAACAUAUUGGAAGAGUUUAGGAUAUCCAUGAACUUUCUUCUGUCCAAAGGAUGAGAGUUUGGUUUUCUCUGACAGCAGUGUGUUGGGCACUCUGUUCUGCCAUGUCUUAAGCACUGUGUGUAAAAAAAAUCUCAGUGCUGUUUCUUGUAUUGGACGCUGUGUGAACAGAACUCAAUGCCGUGCCUUAAUGUUGGACCCUAUGUGAACAGAACUCAUUGCUGUGCUAGGUGUUGGACACUGUAUGAACAGAAUUCAGUGCUGUGUCAACUGUUGGACACUGUAUGAACAGAACUCAGUGCUGUGCCAAGUGUUGAACACUGUGUGAACAGAACUCAGCACUGUGCCAAGUGUUGGACACUGUAUGAACAGAACUCAGUGCUGUGCCCAGUGUUGGACACUGUGUCAACAGAACUCACUGCUGCGCUGUGUUAGGGAGUGUUUCUGCUGCUCAAUGCUGAAUUGCCAGUCUUGGCUGUAAAGAUGACCUGUGUUAAUGUAGUGAGACAUAGUAGUUGACAUACUUCACUUAGAUCUGCACGGCAACCUUACAUAACAUCCGUGAGCGUGUCAUUGGACAGACGUAACCUGAGCAGGUGCAUGUUUGUGUGUGUGUGUAUAUAUGUAUAUGAUAUGCACAUUAAUAUGGAGAGCAUCUGGCAUGUAACUGAAAGCCAACGGACGUUCAUCAUCUGAAAGGAGAGGCUGCCUGUGAAAAGCCGAUUUAUAGUCAGAAUAUUUUGUGUAGAAAUGACAUGUCAUUGUGAUGUACACUGCUGGUUAUGUCCUGACAUGCAAAGUGAAGAACAUCAUGGAUACUCCGUUGUUUUGAAGAACUCUUGAUUCAGAUCUAACAACAUUGAGAAAAGUUUUCCCAAGUGACAAUUAUCAACACAAGUAAUCAUCUCAUCAGGGUAUGGCAUACCUGUAAUAUGUGUAGCACAGAGCUUUCCGGG